AUGCCAAAGUUCUUCUGCGAUUAUUGCGAUGUCUACUUGACACACGACUCCAUGUCGGUGCGCAAAGCCCACAACAGUGGUCGUAACCACCUCCGUAAUGUUGUCGACUACUAUCAACAAAUCGGCCACGAAAAGGCACAGUCCGUCAUCGAUAGCAUCACCUCGUCCUACGCCGCUGAAGGUCAAGCACACGCCAACCCCAUGCUGCCCCAGAAUCAGCCUGGCCACGGUGCUCCUCUCGGCAUGCCUGGUGGCUUUCCUGGAGGCAUGCCACCCCCUUUCCCGGGUAUGCCACCAUUGCCUGGUAUGCCAGGCGCUCCUCCGCUGCCGCCUGGCGCUUUUGGUGCACAGGGUCUACCUCCUCCUCCUGGUGGCGGUCGAGGCAUGCCGCCCUUUCCUCCACCUGGCACAGGUAACCAAAGCGGACUGCCACCCUUCCCCUUCCCUCCGCCUGGUGCUCCUGGAGGCUUGCAGUUUCCCCCGCCCGGUACCGCUGGAGCUCCUCCGUUUCCUCCGUUCCCCGGACAAGGGUUUCCGACACCGCCUGGCAUGCCACCCUUUCAACCGCCUCCUGGUGGUCAAUCACAUGGCGGACGUUAA